GAGGAGCUCCCUUUUUAAAGUGUGAAGUGAGGAGGAGGAGGAGGAGAGACGGGCACAGAGAGGGAGAGAGUGAGUGUGUACAGGACUGUGUUUAAAAGUGUGGAGCGAGGGAAGAAGAGGAGAGAGAGAGGCACUGCUGCCCGGCUGCUGAACAUGUGUCUGAGCGCCCUGUUUAUCAUCUGUCUCUCCCAGGCGGAGUUGGGGAGAGUUUGGGCACGGGAGCAUACAGAUGUACUGUAUGGCCUGUCGCCAUGGACUGGAGGGCGCCCCCUGGAGGCGAGGAGGACCCGCAGGGACCAGCGGCAGCUUGGGGAGGGCCUGGCCAUCGACACCCUGCCAGACAACAAGACGCACAUCGUGGAGGACUCUCGCAUGUAUUACUCGUGGAGGAGCUUCGGUCCGGCCGAGUGGCACACGGAUCAGCUCUGGGUCGACAUGGAGGCCCCGCAGCACGGUCAAGUCAGAAUGCACGGCAUCCUGUCCAACACACACCGACAGGCGGCGCAAGUAGCUCUGUCCUUUGACUUCCCCUUUUAUGGACAUUACCUGAGGCAAGUCACCAUAGCAACUGGAGGGUUCAUCUUCACGGGCGAGGUCACCCACCGCAUGCUGACGGCCACUCAGUACAUCGCCCCGCUCAUGGCGAACUUCGACCCCAGCUUCUCCCGGAGCUCUACCGUUCAGUACAUGGACAACGGGGAGGUGUUUGUGGUGCAGUGGGACCGGGUGCGGCUGCAGGGCCGGGAGGCCGAGGGAGAGUUCACCUUCCAGACCGCUCUUCGUCGGAGCGGGACCAUCGUCUUCAGCUACAGAGACGUCCCGUUGCCCAUGGAGAUGAUCAGCUCCACUCAGCAUCCUGUGAAGGCGGGCCUGUCUGAUGCGUUCAUGGUUCUAGCACCAUCACCACAAAACCCAGACAUCCAACGCAAGACGAUCUACGAGUACCACCGGGUAGAGAUUGACACCACCAAGAUCACCAACCACUCCGCCUUCGAGUUCAUCCCGUUGCCAACCUGCCUCCAGCACAGCGACUGUGAAGCCUGUCACUCCGCUGCUGUGACCAAUGGCUGCAGCUGGUGUCAUACCCUUCAGAGGUGCUCAGACGGGAUAGACAGACACAGACAGGAGUGGCUAGAAUUUGGGUGCUCAGAAGAGGCCACAGAGCUCACUUGUGAGGACUUCGCCCCUGAAGAGCCAGACAGCGCCGUGCCCCCCUCCAGCUCUGAGCCCACCCUCUCCCCCGGGGCUCUGCCAGACAGCCCUGUGACAGAGGACGAUACCAAACUUAUCAUUCUGCGCGAAGGCAAGGACUCGAAGCCAGGUCCCCCAGUGCAGCAGGGGGCGCCAGUGCACUCAGGCAUUAUUGCAGGCGUGGUCACAGCUGCUGUGCUGCUCCUCGUACUCAUAUUGCUGGCUCUCUACAUGAACACCCACUCCUACCUCAUACAGCCGCGUACCAACUACUGGCCAUCCAUGAAGUACUGCAAGCAGGGCUCCAGCUACAGCGAGGUGGAAGACGGCGGUCAGAGGAAAGGGGGUCUUAUGGAGGACGAGCAGUACUGAAGCCCGUGGAGUGGGGGACGGGGCCCUGUGAUUGGGCCAGGCCGUGUGUGGUGAGCAGCCAUUGUACAGAGGUGUGCCUAUCAUGGAGCGGGGGGUGGGGUCACAGAGCAGGGUCAUA